UACACUUUCUAUUCUCUUCUCUCUUCUUCGUCUCACUGUAAACCAGCAGCUGUUGAAUUCAAUUCGGAGCCGCGGAUUUUCCGAUGGGUUCCCGUCGAUCCCUCAGUUUCCUCCGCAGAUUAUCUCGAAGACCAACUUCGUUCCAUACGCUAUCGUCAUCUUCUCUUCUCACUGGUUCAGGGAGAUCGCUUUCUCGUUCCCAAACAACCACUACAAAUCGAACUUCCAUUUCUAUUUCAUCUCCUUGCAGUGAACGUUCCAAUGGAGAAAUUCCGAAUCGCAGUUACGGUACGGAGCAUGCCCAACUGGAUACGGACGCCGACGAGAAUUCCAAAAUCGCCGAGGAUGCUGAAAGAAUCUGUAAAUUGCUGUCCAAGAACCCUAAUUCCUGCGUCGAAUCAUUACUCGAUGGUACUGCUGCUUCAGUGGAGGAGGUGUCGCCGGCUCUGCUCGUGGAGGUGCUGAAGAAGCUUACCAAUGCCGGGUUUCUUGCGCUUUCGUUCUUCAGGUGGGCCGAGAAGCAGAAAGGUUUCAAACACACCACGGAGAGCUACAACGCUCUAAUCGAAUCUCUCGGUAAGAUCAAACAAUUCAACGUGAUUUGGAAUUUGGUUAAUGAUAUGAAACGGAGAGGGAUUUUAAGUAGAGAAACAUUCGGUUUAGUUUCGCGGAGAUAUGCGCGAGCUAGAAAGGUUAAAGAAGCAAUCGAGGCAUUUGAGAAGAUGGAGAAGUUUGGAUUCCAACUGGGAGUAUGGGAUUUCAACAGACUUAUUGAUACUCUGAGCAAAUCGAGGAACAUCGGGAAAGCACAAGAGGUGUUUGAUAAAAUGAAACACAGAAGGUUCAAGCCUGAUAUCAAGUCAUACACGAUUCUUUUGGAAGGAUGGGGUCAGGAGCAAAACUUGUUGAGGUUGAAUGAGGUUUAUAGGGAGAUGAGGGAUGAUGGGUUUGAACCGGAUGUUGUGACGUUCGGUAUAGUUAUCAAUGCACAUUGCAGAGCGAGGAUGUACGAUGAAGCGAUCAAGUUGUUUCACGAAAUGAAAGCAAAGAACGUCAAGCCAUCGCCUCAUGUGUUCUGUACCUUAAUCAAUGGUUUGGGUUCUGAGAAGAGAUUGAGCGAGGCUUUGGAGUUUUUUGAACAAUCAAAGUUGAGCGGCUUUGCCCCAGAGGUGCCGACUUAUAAUGCUGUUGUGGGGGCUUAUUGCUGGUCGAUGAAGAUGGCCGAUGCAUACAGGACAGUAGAUGACAUGAGGAAAUCUGGCGUCGGUCCGAAUUCGAGGACUUAUGAUAUCAUAUUACAUCACUUGAUAAAGGCCCGGAGAUCAAAAGAAGCUUAUUCUGUUUUCCAGAGAAUGAGUAAUGAGCCUGGGUGUGAACCAACUGUGAGUACCUAUGAAAUUAUGGUGAGAAUGUUCUGCAACGAGGAGCGAGUCGAUAUGGCGAUUCGAAUUUGGGAUCAAAUGAAGGCGAAAGGAGUUCUUCCGGGUAUGCACAUGUUCUCGACGUUGAUUAAUAGCUUGUGCCUGGAGAACAAGUUAGAGGAUGCUUGCAAAUACUUUUUAGAGAUGCUUGAUGUAGGUAUUCGGCCACCAGCAGCAAUGUUUGGAAAUCUGAAACAGGCUCUUCUUGAUGAGGGCAGAAAGGAUACUGCUCUACUUUUGGCACAGAAGAUCGAUAAACUACGAAAGGCACCAUUGCCCGGUUGACAUUCUAUUUGAUACGGCCUUCAAAGUCUAGCAGAGCCAGUUAAAUGGUUCAUUUUGGUGCGGACUUAUGGUUUGGAAGAGAUGAUUCCUUGAAAUGGCAACUCACUUAUCGAAAAUGAAGGAACCCGAUACGAAUUCAUCCGUUCACAUUCUGUUUCCAGUUGUUUGGGAUCUUGCUGCGAAUAUAAGUAAAAAAAGUGUGGUGAGGUAUAGGAAGAUAUGAGUGAUCUUUAUACACUUGACUGGCCAAGGAACUCAAAAAUAACUUGGCAUUUCCAACCCUGUAAUACUCUGUGUUAUUGAUCGAUGAUUCUGCAUAAGAAUA